AUGACUUCAUCUGCCAAACGUGGGGAGAACCCGAUAAGCACUCUUGCCAAUGGACAACCCACGGAGAAUCCUGGCAGUACACAGCAGAUUCGAUAUGGCCAAAGCAACGGUGGCCUAGUCGUUCUCAGUGACACCCAGACGAUUGAGAUCCUAGCUCAUUUUGCACGCGAACGGAUUCCGGAGAGGAGCGUGCAUGCCAAGGCCGCCGGUGCAACUGGUGAAUUCGAGGUCCUUGAGGACCUUUCUGACAUCACUGACGCCAGCUUCCUGUCAGAAAAGGGGAAGAAGACACCUAUGCUUAUGCGCAUCUCAACUGUUGGUGGCGAAAAAGGCUCAGCAGACACAGUUCGCGACGUCAGGGGCUGGUCAACGAAGCUGUAUACUGAAGAGGGCAUCCAAGAUUUCGUCUUCAACGACCUGCCAGUAUUCUUCAUCCGCGAGCCUAUCAAGUUCCCAUCAAUGAACAGGAGUCACAAGCGCCAUCCAAGAACUAAUGUGCCUGAUAAUGCCAUGUUCUGGGACUAUCAUGUUAAUAACCCCGAAGGCAUCCAUGCCCUUAUGCACUUGUUUGGGCAGCGAGGUAUACCUGCUUCACUGCAGCACAUCAAUGGCUUUGGAGUGCAUACAUAUACGCUGAAUAAAGCGGAUGGGAGCUACGUCUACGUCAAGUGGCAUUACAAGCCAGAAGGCGGCAUCGAGACGAUGGAUUCAGAGACAGCCGCUCGACUUGCAGGCACCGACCCUGAUUACCACGUAAAAGACCUCUUCAAUGCUAUUGAGAAAGGCGACUAUCCAUCAUGGAUUGUUUAUAUCCAAGUCAUGCGUCCGGAGGAAGUUAUGGCGGCACCCAUCGAUAUAUUCGACUGUACAUACACCUGGCCGCACGAAAAGUACCCUCUCAGACGAGUGGGACGAAUGACGUUGAAAAAGAAUCCUGAUAAUUACUUUCAAGACAUUGAACAAGCCUGCUUCUCUCCCUCCAACAUGGUCCCUGGCAUUGGCCCUUCAGCAGACCCUGUCCUCCAAGCACGCAUGUUCAGUUACCCCGACGCCCACCGCUACCGGGUUGGGCCCAACUACUUUCAACUCCCCCCCAAUCGACCCCGCAAUCAAGUCUACGCACCCUACGUUCGUGAUGGUCCUGGCACAAUGAACGGAAACUACGGCGGUGAUCCGGAUUACGUCUUCUCGCAGCUGAGACCCGUGAGUGUAAGUAAGCGGGUGCAGGUCCCAACACAUGAGCACUUUGGCGGAAAGGUCACGUCUGUGGCUACAGAGUUCACAGAUAAGGAUUACGUGCAGGCUAGGGAGCUGUGGAAAAUCAUUUGCGGGGAGGAAAAAGGGAAACAACAGUUUGUUGAUAACAUUGCGCCGACUAUCAAGGAUCUGCCGGUGGAGUUACAGGGUAAGGUGUUAGAUUACCUUGCUGGAGUGGAUGCCGAUAUCAAGACAACGCUUACAGCCCAGAUGAAAUAG